CAAUAAAUCUCAUUUCUUGGUAAUUGAAUCGAAAAUAACAACAAACCGAUAACAAAGUUUACACAUUUGCACAAAUUCUAUAUUUAUUAUCAGUGAAUGCAAAAAAGCGUCAGUUGACAAAAGAAUCUCAAAGAGUAAACAAGUCCAAUUUAAAGCAAUGAAAUAUUUUAUUCUCUUUUUAUCGUUUUGCAUUUUAUUAAUAUUAAGUGUCGAUGGCAAAACAACCGAAUUCGGGUGUCGCGAUGAAAAUAACGUGAUAGUUGACUGGUAUUACAUGUACAAGCUCCCGAAAGACUCGACACACAAAGGAACAAAAACAAAAAGCGACGGAUUAGAUUAUGUCUAUAUCACUGCGAACACCGUCGACGAUGACUCAUGGAUUGAGUCACAGCUAAAGAUAGACGAUGUUAAUAGUAUGCCGGGCAGGACGAUUACUCAAAUAUACCAAAAUGCAGAUAAUGUCGCUUUGAUGUACAAUGACGAACCUCCCACGACGAAAGUGGACAAUUUAAAGGGACACACGAAAGGUGUCAUGGCAUCAGAUGCUCGAACUGGAUUCUGGUUGGUUCAUUCUGUGCCUCAUUUUCCGCCAAAUAUCGAAGAUGGGGAAUAUGGGUAUCCAGCAACAGGUCAUUUGUAUGGACAAAGCUUUUUGUGCAUUACAAUGAACUCGGAAGAGGUUAACAAAGCUGGAGAGCAAUUAUUGUACAAUGAACCGCAUAUUUAUUCAUCUCAAGCGCCGGAAAAUUUAGAGAAUCUUCUUCCAAAUUUGUUCAAAGCAAUCAACAAUGAAACCAUCAAAAUGGCUCCUUUUUGGAACGAACAAGAAUUUUCUUCGCUACAAAACACCGUUUUUCGUUCAUUUGCUAAAACGCGACAUUUUGGCAAGGAUUUGUACGAAGAUUGGCUCGCUCCGGCGUUAAAAACGGAUCUUGUGGUUGAAACAUGGCAACAUGGGACAGGAAAUAUGCCUUCAAAUUGUACUUUGAUGAAUAAGGUCAUGAAUGUCGACGAAAUCGAAAUAAGUGCUGCGAGUUAUGAUUUUCCAACCCUUAAGGAUCACUCGAAAUGGGCUGUGAGUGCUUCUGACGACUCAAAUUGGAUCUGCGUGGGCGACAUUAAUCGUCAAGAGCACCAAAAACAACGCGGAGGCGGAACAGUUUGUCAAAAUCAUAAAAAAAUGUCGAAAUUUUACCGAAAUCUCGUAAAAGACGUUGAACCUUGCCCGAAAGAAAAGUCACAAAUUUUAGUGAUUUUCUAAAUUUAUUUGUUUCUUUGUAUUUAUGGAGUAAAUUCAUACAUUUAUGGCUAAAUUUUUUAUACUUUCUUUUUCAACUUUUGUUUGAUUACACUUUCAUUUACGUUUCUGACUGAUUUUCUUGAGAAAAAUAAUUA